AUGUCUGUUCCAGCUGCCCCAGAGGGGAAGCCGGCUGCCCCGGGGGCCCCCCAGGCAUCUGGCGGGGGUUCGUUUGUACGUCGAGAUCAGCUGCUGCAGAUUGAAGAAGAAGUCCAGAAACUUUGGGCAAAGGAGAGGCCUUACGAUGUGGAUAGAGCAUCAUUAAGACGUCCUGAGACAGUGGUGGCAAAUGGAUCUUCUGGGUCCUCUGGGGGGGGCCCCCAGCGGGAGCCCCUUUCGAACAAAAACAAGUUUUUUUGCACUUUUCCUUAUCCGUACAUGAACGGAUUGCUGCAUUUAGGACAUGGAUACACGUUAUGCAGGGCGGAGUUUCAAGCUCGGUAUUAUCGCCUUAGAGGAAAGAAUGUCUUGUGGCCAUUUGCCUUACACUGUACAGGCAUGCCUAUCCUUGCAUGCGCUGAUAAACUUAAGAGAGAAAUCGAACAGAAGCGCAGAAAGAAGAAAGAAGAAGAAAACCAGAAAAAGAGCGAUCAAGAGGAAACAGACAACACCUCGGACCCAACGAAGUUCAGCAGCAAUAAGUCCAAGCUUGUUGCUAAGACGGGGCCAAUGAAAACUCAAUGGGACAUCAUGGCUGCUCUCGGCAUCCCCGAAGACGAAAUCCCCCGCUUUGCUGACGCCAACUACUGGCUGGACUACUUCCCCCCGAGGCAAGGGUGUAAGAGGGAUCUGAUUCGCCUCGGCACGGCAGUUGACUGGCGCCGCUCUUUCAUAACCACCGAUAGAAACCCUUAUUACUCUGCCUUCGUCCGCUGGCAGUUCAUGAAGCUCUUGGCAGCAGGGAAAAUAUCUUUUGGCACGCGACCUACCGUCAUCAGCCGACGGGAGUUGCAGGCUUGUGCUGAUCACGACCGCCUGCUAGGGGAGGGUGUCGGGCCCCAGGAGUACACCUUAAUAAAGUUAAGAGUUAAGACAGAGGAAGCAGCGCAUGCGGAUACACCCUACGUUAAUUUCCUUGACCAGUGGUCACCGCAUGCAAAAGGACCACAAGGAGAAAGAAAACUCUUCCUUGUUGCUGCAACACUUAGACCCGAAACGAUGUAUGGACAAACAAACUGUUAUGUCCUCCCCGAAGGAGAGUAUGGCGUCUACCUCGCCUUUGACAAACCCCGCUGCAAAACUGAGCCGAAUCAGCAACAGGAGCAGCAGGAGCAGCAGACACUGCAGGAGAAGCUAGCAGCCGCUGCAGCAGCAGCAAAAUCUGGAGAUACACUAGAACACAUGAUGACACGAGAGGAGGCCCUCGCGGAGUGCAGCAUGGCGUUUAUUUGCUCUCAUAGAUCGGCCCUGAACAUGGCUUAUCAGGCAUGA